AUCUAUUAGUCUUGUCUUCUGUUAAUAUUACUAUAUAACGUUUGUUACAAAAUUUUUACAGUAAAUAUUUGAUCAUUAAAUAUAAGUAAAUCUUUAAAACGAACAAUUGUAUUUUUAAGAACUGUUAAAAUAACAAUUUUAUAGUACAGAUUAUAUUUUAUAGUACAAAUUAAUUCAUUUAAUAUGAAUAUAAUACUAUAUAUUACUCUGUUAACAUAUUGGUUUACUUUAACAUCAUGUGAACUAUUAUCAACAGUGGCAAUUGUUAGUGGUAUUAGCAGCGGCUUGGGAGCUUUUUACUAUAAUUAUAUGCAUUGUCGUUAUAAUGAAUGCUGCAAUGAUGAAUAUGUCCAUCUUAAUUUUCAAAAACUUCAAAAGCUUAUGCAAAACAAAUUGUAUGGGCAGCAUAUUGCUUAUAAAACAAUAAUAAACGCAUUAAAUGGUUACUUCAAUCAACAAGAUCAAGGAAAAGCGUUAACGUUCAGUUUUCAUGGCCCACCAGGAACUGGCAAAAAUUAUGUAGCAAAGUUCAUUGCAGAAGCCUUGUACAAAAAAGGUUUAGAAAGUAAAUACUUUCAUUUUUUUAAUGGUAGAACUGAUUUUCCAUUAAAACAUGAAGUUGAAAAAUAUGAGUUGCAACUGCAGAUAGCGAUCAAAAGUGCAUUACAAGAUUGUCCACAAUCAUUAUUUGUCUUUGACGAAAUAGAUAAAAUGCCUGAAGGAAUAUUAAAUGCUCUUGUACCUUUUUUGGAUUAUAAUACAUGGUCAACGAAAGGAAGAACAAAUAAGGCAAUUUUUAUAUUUUUAUCUAAUACCGGUAGUAGACAAAUUGUACAAAGGUUAUUAACUCUUUGGGAAAAUGGUGUAAGCAGAGACGAUACUAAGCUUCAAGAUUUUGAAAACUUAAUAUCUAUCGGAGCAUUCAAUGAAAAAGGAGGAUUUCAUCUUAGUGAUACUAUAGAAACUAGCGUUAUUGAUCAUUAUAUACCUUUUCUUCCACUAGAAGAAGAACAUGUUAAAAAUUGUGCAAAACAAGCAUUCUUAAAAAGAAAAAUCAACCCAACUUCAGAAUUAAUAGAGGAAGCUUUAUCGCAUAUGACUUUUGAUCCACCACCUCAUAAUUUAUAUUCGAAAUCUGGUUGUAAAAGAAUAGAACAGAAAGUAGCUACUAUUGUGUAUUCUCGUAAUACAAAAUAAUUACUAUUUAUCAUAUUUAUUCCAACAUUUGUAUUAAAAAUAAUUCUUUAUAAUUAAAUAAAUAUUAUAAUUGAAA